AUGUAUCCUGACUUGUAUAAAGGAUUGACCUUGAAACCAGAGGACCUGUCGCCAUACGACUCCCUUUUGGUCAGUUUUGAAGGAAAAACUGUCACCCCGAAAGGCAUGAUUAGGCUGCCUGUACAAACAGACUCAGACGUGGUGGAGGUGAACUUCAUUGUGGUAGAUGCGUACUUCCCCUACACAGCUAUCGUGGCCCGACCAUGGCUUCAUGCACUAGGGGCUGUGCCAUCAACCUUGCACCAAAAAGUGAAGUAUCCAUCAGGAGGUCAAGUCAAAGAAAUAAUAGGGAACCAAACCAUGGCCAGGCAAUGCAUGGUGUCCGCAAUCUCACGACGACCAAAUAGUGAACCUUCCACCUCAGCCGAGAACCGCUUAUAG